CGUACAAAUCAGGAAAAGACAGAACCGUCACCAUAUGCACACACCAAAGACUCCGGAGAUACAAAUCAACGUAAGUUUUCCAGAGACCUGGCCAAUAGUGUUGCCGAUUGUUGGAAGCUUUCUUAUUCUGUCGACCAUAGUGACGUGCUGUUUGUGGCGUUACGUCAAAAAACAAAAACGUAAAAUCAACAACGGAUUUCAAGCCAACAACAAUUGUGAUAAAACAACUGAAAAAGAUUACAAACAUACAAAAAUAAAUAUGAGAAGAAACGCUGUUCAUCCCAGAGACGAGUACGGGAACGUAAAUGAACUAAAAAACCAACUACAUCCCCUGGGGGUGUUCACUAGGAAAGGUAAACCAUUACCGUUUGCCAGGGUAUCUCCUACGUUUCUUCCGGAAAGAAAGGAAACCAUAAAGAGUAUCAAAAGCCAUAACGAUAUUUUCAAUAUUUACAAGUCCUCUGUGAAUGACCCGCAUAUACACCGGACAGGACGGCGUGUUAGUAAUGAAGUGUAG